UUGAAUCGUAACGUGAGUUUGUAAUUUUGUGAAUUUCAUGACAAUCGUUUUGUGAUUUGAUUGAAAUUUUCUAUAAUUAAUAUCUUUAAGAGUGAUGGCAUCUGCAAUGGAUGUAGAUAUAGAUGAAGUUGAAAUGCCUACUUCGAGUAGCUCGAAGGGAGAAAAGAAACGAUUCGAAGUUAAGAAGUGGAAUGCUGUUGCCUUAUGGGCUUGGGAUAUUGUGGUGGACAACUGUGCCAUUUGCAGAAACCACAUUAUGGAUUUAUGUAUAGAGUGUCAGGCAAAUCAGGCUUCAGCUACUAGUGAAGAGUGCACUGUUGCUUGGGGAGUAUGUAAUCAUGCAUUUCAUUUCCAUUGCAUUUCAAGGUGGUUAAAAACACGGCAAGUUUGUCCUCUAGACAACAGAGAGUGGGAAUUUCAGAAAUAUGGCCAUUAACCAAUCAGAACCUCCGUUUUGCUUUUUAUUUUUGUUUCACUGUAAAAAUUGUUUCAAUAAUUAUGCAUCCAGAUAUUUCCAAAAUAAAAGUCAUUUCUAUUGG